UGCCUUUAUGUCAAACUGGACUGCAUGCAAAGAAAAGAAGGAAGGUGUGAUUGCAAAAGUUUUAAGAAUACAAACUCAACGCCAAUACAAAUUUGUUUACACUGCUUUCUUUGCUUGGAAAGAAUGGACACAGCAGAUAGUGGACCGAUAUGCAAUCUUACAUUUUACAGCAGCUCAACAACUGCUUGAUCAUGUUUGGGAUUUGCAACUGUGUAAAACUAUUUUCAAUGCCUGGCACCAUGUCACACUCGAAUCAGUUCAACAGAAAGAGUAUUUUGAUAGAUUAGAAAAGGGAGAGAAUUCUGAGAAUGAGGAGCCAAUUCCUUCAAAAAAUUGUUUUCCAGAAGUACAUGACAGUAUUUCAACUUUACCUUACAAAGUUUCUGUACAGAUAUUUAGUUUCUUAAAUGCCAUUGAUCUUGCCCAUUGUGCCCGUGUAUGCCAUUCCUGGAAGGUUCUAACCAAUGCCAGUACACUCAAGUAUAAGCUUAAUCUUCAUGAAAUAAACCAUAGAUUGAAUGAUUUGACUGUGAGCAAACUGAUUUACCUCUACCGUCCAUAUCUGCUGCACUUAAAUCUGCGAAACUGCCAAUGUAUUCAGAGUUCUUCCUUCAUGGCAAUAAGUAGCUGUAAUAACCUACAGGACCUUAAUUUGUCAAACUGCCAGGCACUUAAGGAUGACCAUCUACUUCUCAUCGCUCGGCGUUGUCAUAUCUUACUUUACCUUAAUAUUUCUCACACACUUAUAACUGAUACAGCUUUAAGAAUAAUUGCUCGGUACCUCAGUAACUUGCUUUGUUUAAGUUUGGCAUAUUGCAGAAGGUUCACAGACAAAGGAAUGACUUACCUGGCACAAGGAGAAUGCUGUAAGAAUUUAGAACAUUUAGAUCUUUCAAAUUGUCUUCAGUUAACUCCUGAAGGAUUCAUGCAAAUUUUCAACAAGUGUGAUAAUCUUAAAGUCUUUAUUGUUGAUGAAUUCCCAACUUUAACAGACCAAUGCAUCCAGAGUAUCUUACUUCAUUGUUCCAAACUAGAACACAUCUCCUUCCUUGGUUCUCCACUACUCACUGAUGCAGCAUUCCAGAAGUUUCCCAAAGCACUGAAAAUUAUCAAACUUGAAGGUAACAAUCGUAUCUCUGACAUGUCUAUCAAACUGCUAAGCCGAAUGUGUCCCAAUGUGAGCCAUAUCUAUUUAGCAGAUUGCCAGAGACUAACAGAUAUAUGUCUUCGAUAUUUAGCAACUUGCAAGCAACUAACCAUUCUUAACCUUGCUGAAUGUAUAAACAUUACAGAUGCUGGGAUUCGAAGUUUUUCUGAUGGGAUCUGUGCCAUUAAGUUACGUGAAUUGAAUCUAUCAAACUGUGUGCAUCUGGGUGAUAUGUCUUUGAUCAUCAUUUCUAAAAAAUUACAGAAUCUGACUUACCUUAGUCUGAGCUUUUGUGAUAACAUCAGUGAAUCCAGUCUGGAAGCAUUGGGGCAGGCACCAAAUCUAAUUUCACUGGACAUUUCUGGUAGUUCUUGUUCAGAUCAGAGUAUUUCCGCAAUUGGAAAAAGAGCAAGGAUGAAGAAUAUCAACAUUUCCCAGUGUACUAAUAUUACAGAUUUAGGGCUCCAGAAGUUUGCUAAGCAAUGUCCAGGCUUGGAGCAGAUUGAUCUUUCACACUGUCUGCAAAUUACAGAUGUUGCUAUAAAGAAUUUAGCUUUCUGCUGUCGUCUUUUGAGUUGUGUGAAAUUAUCUGGUUGUAAAUUUAUCACUGACCUUACACUGCAGUAUUUGUCUGGUGUGUGUCAUUAUCUAGUUCAGCUAGAUCUCAAUGGCUGCAGUUUAAUUACAGAUAAAGGAAUGAAAUAUGUGCAGAAAGGCUGCAAUUGGUUGCGCAUCCUGAACAUUCUCUAUUGUAAAAGUAUUUCAAAAAAUGUCCCAGAAGCAGCCUGUAUCAUAAACUCCAGAUCAGGGCUUGGGUUACUGGCAAGUGAUGGUUCAAGAAAGGAAUUAACAAAUUCGAGGUCUAUAGUUCAGAAAAUGAAGCGCUCUAUUGAUACUGUGAACUAUAAUGGUGAGGAAUGUCAUCCAUCUUUGGAAUGUUAAACAGAGAAAUAAUUUAAUUUGACAUGAGGAACCCUAUUAUUAUUCCCUUAAUAAAGAUUAGCUAAUUUACAGAUUAGCUAAUCUGUAAUCAAAUUUUCCCCACCAAUUCAGUGCCUCAACCUGCUAAGCAGCCAUAUUUUCUUCAUAUCCCACUUGAAAUUCUUUGAAAAAGGGGACAUCGGAUAAUCUGUUUAAUUAAAACUGGAUGACACAUUACAACAACAGUUGCAAUUAAAUAUACAAUACCUGAAUAUGUUCUACAUUAUAUAUAUAGCAGACAGCCUAUAAAUGAUCAUUCAGUCUGCUAUAAAUAUAAGCCAAAUUUGCAUGUCACUCACUAUCAUCUUAAUUAGAUAAUGUUGUCUAGAUAUAUUAUAUCUAAAGAA